AUGGUAACCGGACAAAAAGCCACGAUACGUCCACGAGAGAAGGAAGGCGACGCUCCGCCGACAACUCCUGGGCGGCUACCGCCAGUGGCCCCAAAAUUGGGAGUCUUGCAUUAUGAAGCGGGGAGAUAUUUGAUCACGGACAAACCCCCGGAUGUUCGCAUUGACGGCGAGUUCACGCACACUGUGGAAAAGCUUGCUCUAUCUUACAUCGUGUCUCAAGGUUUUGAUGUUGAAAAAGCGAAAACGGAGACGGGUUUUGGGGUGCGAUUUGUGCACAGACUUGAUUAUGCAACCUCGGGCGUAAUGAUGAUUGGGUUGACAAGAAAAGCUGCCGGUGUGGCUGCCACGCAGUUUGAAAAGCGAUCCGUGAAGAAAAUAUAUUUGGCGCUUGUGCACGGCCAUGUCGGAGAUGAUAUUGAGGUCGUUACUGACAUGGAUAAUCGGAAAAGCUUUCUUACAUUUGAUCAAGCGAUUGCAGAUACAAAACCACCGGGCUACAAAAUGGUGGUAGGAUCGCCAGGCAAUCCUGGUCGGGCUUCUUUAACAGAAUGCUAUCCGCUUGCGCACGGGUCGUACAAGGGGGCGCCAGUCACGAAACUUCUGCUCGUACCUCAGAGUGGUCGUCGCCAUCAACUUAGAGUGCACUGCGCAAAUGCUGGAAUGCCCAUUGUAGGGGAUGCGACAUAUAUCGAUGAUGAUUCAGUGUACUUCAAAGACCCAAAUGUGCUACCGCCAAGAAUGAUGCUUCAUGCAUUCGAGCUACACAUUUCGUUGCCUCCUCCGCAAGAAAAACUAUAUGGCCGCAAAAGUGGCCUGCGGAAUGCAAUACAACAGGAAUUCAGGACAGUUGAUCCGUUCUCUGAGAAAACACUUGAGGGGUUAUGCUUAGUGGCUUGA